AUGGCAGUGGCGAUGGCAGCGGAGGUAGAAGAGGCGGCAGCAGCGGCGGCUGAAGAAUCACAUGGAACAGUAACUCGUGGAGCCUCGCUGCCGGUUCGCCGCUUGGCUCACACUGGUCCAGCCAGGAGGUUGGGCGUAGCUGCAGGCCGAAUCAAUGGAGGCCACGACACAGCGAAGGGCGAAUUCCCAUAUAUGGUGUCGCUGAAGAUAGUGGGGACGUUCACCAAGAGCCACCAUUGCGGAGGUGCCAUCAUCUCCAGUACGUCUGUGCUCACAGCAGCCCACUGCAUCACCAACAUCGACAAAUCGAUUGGCUCCACAGUAUUGGCGGGAAGCCUUAGCGCAGUGGCUGGAGAACUGGACCAGAGCACCGACAAAGGCACUGAGCAGGAGGUGAGGAUUUCGCAGAUGAUCAAGCAACCAGACCACCCAGGUGGUACUGACGUGAGCCCUAACGACAUCGCUAUCUUCAAACUGAUGACCGCCUUCACGUUCAACUCUUUUGUCCAACCCAUUAACCUGCCCAGCGCCGGAGUUGUUCCCACAGCUGCGUACGUGGGAGAUGGUGUAAAAUUCUACAUUGGCACCCUCGAGGAUUACCAGAAGGUGUUCGAAUUUCGCAAGAAUCAACAAUUACCAUUUCACACGUUCAAGGAUAUCACCGGCAGGGAUGUGAAGGGUGACUCUGGUAGUCCAGUUACUCAGGACGGCAUGGUGGUUGGCAUGGCUUCAUGGACCAUCAUGCCCUGUGCCACAGAGAGGUCCCCAAGUGUAUACACCAGGGUAUCGGCCUUCCUCGACUUUGUUAAUGAACACAUUUAG